AAACCCUCAGCCCCUUACCAUAAGUAGUAAGGGAUAAAAAAAACCCAUAAGUGGUAAAGGGGCUGAUAAUGAAUUAAAAAGCCCUCAGCCCCUUACCAUAAGUGGUAAGGGGCUGGUAAUGAAUUAAAAAAAUCCCUCAGCAAAAUCUAUUAUCCCAGUUCCUCCAUACUACCAUAUUGUCCCAGUUUUGCUCCAUAUUAUCCCAGUUCCUCCAUACUAUAAAAUGAGUCCUCCUAAAGAUCCUAAACUUGCUGCUCAAAUUGUUUUUGGCCUGGUCAUUCUCAUCAUCGCACUGCAUCUCUCACUUCCCAUCAUCGCACUGCAUCUCGCACUCCCCAGAUUUCAGCAAGUUGAGUUGGUCCUGGAACUCAUUUCUGAAGUAGUUAGGACCCUUGUCAGCAUUGUUGUUCUACUUCUACGGUUAAUACGCGAUCUUCACCAGAUAAUCUCAAUGACCCAUGAUAGGUUUCAGCAAGUUGUGUCAGCCCUAAAACUCAUUAAUGAUGUAGUUGGAUCCCUUGUUGAUACGCAUAUGCAGAAGGAUUUGGUCCAUUUGGACAGAAAGACAACCUGUUGUUGUUGCCAAUGACCACCAGAAUGAAGUCCCACUUGUUGACAUUAACUAUGGCCAAAACGAUAUCCCACUUACUGAUGCUGAAGGUGAUGCUGCCAAUAGCCAAAACGAUGUAAUUGUGAACGUGGAACUGAACAUCUGAACUCACCGGUUUCGAGAAAACCUAUCUUGUA